GCAGUAGCAGCAGUCGUCGGAGAGGGCAGCAGCAGCAGCAGGGAGAGGCCAUCAGUGAGAGGGCAGCAACAGCAGCAGGGAGAGGCCAUCAGUGAGAGGGCAGCAACAGCAGCAGGGAGAGGCCAUCAGUGAGAGGGCAGCAGCAGCAGGGAGAGGCCAUCAGUGAGAGGGCAGCAACAGCAGCAGCAGCAGGAGGAGAGGAGCAGCAGGAGCCGCGCGUCGCUCCUGGGCCACCGCCACCACCGCCGCGAGUUCGCGCCGAUUAUAGAGCAGCGAUCGCGACGGCGGCGUCGUCCACCGGCCCCGAGCCAUGUCCAUCCAGUACGCCGAGGAGGAGCCCCUGGGGGGCAGCUUCAACGUGGUCUCCUCCUUCCCCAAGGACUUCGGGUACGGCCCCGAGGAGAGCGGAGGAUGCGCGGACGAGGACGAGGGCGCGGGCCGCGGCGGAGGCGGCGGCGGCGGCGGCGACGACGACGACGAUGACGGCGGCGGCGACUCGAAGCCUCGAAUCUUGCUGAUGGGGCUCCGGCGCUCGGGGAAGUCGUCCAUCCAGAAGGUGGUCUUCCACAAGAUGUCGCCCAACGAGACGCUCUUCCUCGAGUCCACCAACAAGAUCUACAAGGACGACAUCUCCAACAGCUCGUUCGUCAACUUCCAGAUCUGGGACUUCCCGGGGCAGAUCGAUUUCUUCGACCCGACGCCUUUUGACUCCGAGAUGAUCUUCAGCGGCACCGGGGCGCUCAUCUUUGUCAUCGACGCGCAGGACGACUACAUGGAGGCCCUGCAGCGCCUGCACCUGACGGUGACCCGCGCUUACAAGGUGAACCCCGACAUCCGCUUCGAGGUCUUCAUCCACAAGGUGGACGGCCUCUCGGACGACCACAAGAUCGAGACGCAGCGCGACAUCCACCAGCGUGCCAACGACGACCUGGUCGACAUUGGCCUCGAGCAGCUCCACCUCAGCUUCUACCUGACAAGUAUUUAUGACCACUCCAUCUUCGAGGCAUUCAGCAAAGUUGUGCAGAAGCUCAUCCCUCAGCUGCCGACCCUGGAGAACCUCCUCAACAUCUUCAUCUCGAACUCGGGGAUCGAGAAGGCGUUCCUGUUCGACGUGGUCAGCAAGAUCUACAUCGCGACGGACAGUUCGCCGGUCGACAUGCAGUCCUACGAGUUGUGCUGCGACAUGAUCGACGUCGUCAUCGACGUCUCCUGUAUCUACGGGCUAAAGGAGGACGGUGGCGGUGGCGGCGGCGCCUACGACAAGGACUCGAUGGCGAUCAUCAAGCUCAACAACACCACGGUGCUUUACCUGAAGGAGGUCACCAAGUUCCUCACGCUCGUGUGCAUCCUUCGCGAGGACAGCUUCGAGAGGAAAGGUCUCAUCGACUACAACUUCCACUGCUUCCGCAAGGCAAUCCAGGAGGUGUUCGAGGUGCGGCUCAACUCGCACCGGACAAACGCGCACGGCACGCCUGAACUGUCCGACGGGAAAUCCUUUUCGCACAACGGCAUCGUGGCGUGACCCCCUGACCUGGGCGGAGAUUUCCCGUGACGCGCCACUCGCCCGGCCAGCGCCCUCGGGGUCCAGACCUUCCCUCCUCCUUUCUACGCCGCCGCCGCUGUCAUCACCGCCCCGUGGCGACGAAUCAUCGGGAGGAACGGCUGUAGCGUCUGCAACUUGCGCUGUGUAGAAACACCGUCACCGUUUUUCUUUGUUUUGUAUCGAAGUUGCGUGUGGGUCCAUUUUUGACUCCACGCUUCUUUUCUGUACCACCACCUGCGCUUGGAAAGGUGGGAGGGGGGGAGGUGGGGAGGGGCGGAGAUGGGGGGGCGGGGCGAAUGAAACAGGAAUAAGUUAAGGCAAAAAUAGUGUAACUAAAAGAAAAGAAAUCCGUAAGUAUUUUGAUUGUAAAAAGCGCACGCGACUCUUCACUAUUUUUCUGUGCUGCAUAACAACACAACUCACUGCUGUCGUUGAGAGUAAAAGCUGUAAAUUAUUAAGUUUCUUUUUUUCCCCGUUUACAUAUAUACGCGUGUGUAAUUUAGUUUUCUUCUUCCCUGCAACUCGGGGGUGUGAGGCUUGGCGGGUUUGCCGAUGCCCCUGCUUGUUCAGCGUCCGCGAUCCAACGCCGUGGGCCCCCACACGCAGAGGUGCGCGUGGUGCCUCGAUCGUUCCCCUGCAGCCCGUGUCACACCGCAAGACACGGAGCGGUCAGCCCAAUGCCCCCACGCGGCCAUACCUCGAGCAUGGACGUAAUGGUGCGGGCCUCUCUGCCGGAGGGCUCCACUCGAGUGCUCCUCCGGAGAGGUGUUUUGGUCUACUCUUCCUCGCUCCCCAGCAGGGAAGUGGUGGGGGGGGGGGGCAAUCUUUUGUGCGUUUUUUCUCGUGGCUCUGUGCCCAAUGAGGAACGUGUGACCGUUGAGCGGUCGGGGUCAGGGCGGGGUCGGGUCGGAUGUGGCAGAGGCUAAAAAAGCUGGGACCCCCGCUUUAAGCUGCUGACGCAAGCAUGGAGGGGUGAUGCAAUCCGCGUGCUACAAGCAGAGCUUGGCGAGCAACAGUUGCAGCGUUGACGCAUAAUCGAUCGCCUUUUAAAAAUAAAUGUAAUUUGAAGCAGUAAGGACGGCGCGCAUGUUCGCCGCUUUGCUGACACGGGCGACCAAUUGCGGAAUGGCGCAUGUGGACUUUUCGAAGGUAAAUUGAUGAAAAAGAAUAAGAAUAGCAUUGAAUGUUUUUUUUAAGGUACAGUUUUUUGUCAGUGUUAGCUACUCUUGAUGUGCAAGGUUACCUGUUUUAACAUUGAAUCGGGGCGUGUUGUGACACCACGCGUUUGGAUGCAAUCGGAGCGACUUUUUCACCGUUGCCGGGGAAAAAAAGCGCUGCCCCUCCCCCCCCUUGUUUCUCUGCUGUGCCAUCGAAUGCAUCGUUUCCACCGGACAACCGUGCUGCGCCGAGCCAGCCCGGCACGGGUCGCCAGGCGCCACGCUAGUUUUUCCACUGCAGGAGCCUUUUCCUUCACCGCUGACGUCAUCCGUAAUGAAUGCAUCGAGUUGCGCGUUACGACAAUAACGAGAUUAGCCCUGUCUCUGUGGCACUCUUUUUCCCCGAGCCAGAUUCGGGUGUCUUGCGAGACACCCGGCGGUUUUAUGGUUGAGGCACUGCCCUGGCUGCGCGAAUAGCCAGCGGACAAGCAUCCCGCAACUGUUGAGGAGUGCUUCCCUCGCCGGCAACGGCUUCAACUUGCGAGUGGAAAGAGCGAGUGUGACAAUACCCAUGCCCAGUCGCAACGUCGUGGUCGUCGUCUCUCCGAGGCAGAAGGGUCGUGGGUGAGGCUUACGGCACCGGCUGCCAGCCACGGUGGGGCAGGAUGGUGUGGGGGGGGUGGGGACGACCGUCCCUUUUGCGAGUGAACGGUGGAAAGUGGUGGAGGGAGUCGUAGACCAUCGUAAGCGGCCAGCAUGUCUGAAGGUUUUUUGCGUGCGCCUGUGUUUGGGUGUCCAAGGAAGCGGACUUUGCAUUGGCGAUUGUUUUUCUGCGCGCGAGGCCUGCAAGGCUGCCACGUUCUCGGGUGCUCGCGUCGAGGUAACUUGAGAACGGCGAGGCAAAGCAAAAAAACGCGUGUCGAUGAUUUUGGUUGUGUGUGCACACCGCUUUAAUUGAAGAAAGACAACCGAAAAAAAUGACACCUAGUCCUUUGUAGAUACAUACCCAGUCGGGUGAUGUUUCCCAAUUUCUGAUUAGUACAAAACUUUAAUUGUGAUUUACAUACAAAGAUUUGAAUUCGACGUUUUACGAUUGGUCCGUAAAUGUGGCGUCACAACAAUUUGUCACCGACUGUGGGCCGUUGCGUGCCGUGUUCCGCGCGGCGUUGCAUGACGUCGUUUUAAAAGGAAUCUUGAAUCUCAUCCCCAAUACAGCGGUGGCUAUGAGUCUCGGGCUGUCUUGACGCAAGUUGUCUAAAUUUUAUUAAACGAACAUCGGCAAAAAAAUCAUUCAAAAUCAGCAGCAGCCCAGCCACGUGACUGCGGUGAUGACACGUCGACAAACGUGCACGAUGCCGCAUUGACGAACCUAGAGAGCCAACCUGACCGUGAUGUCAAGUGACGUUUUCUCUCCAACUGACGCAGCUCCCGUUGGAUGGCACCAGACGCACAGUCCCCUUGCUUUUUUUGUUUGACAGGGCAGUGUUUUUGUGAUUUAAAAUAUUCAUAAACCACAUGCGGUUUUUAUUUUAGUCGACGGACAUGAAGAUUCUCAAGAAUGACGAUGAUGGCGACUCUCCACCAGGGACCACGACUCUCUCCGACUCUCUACCAGAGUCCACGACUCUCUACCAGAGUCCACGACUCUCUACCAGAGACCACGACUCUCUAUCAGAGACCACGACCUCUCUACCAGUGACCACGACUCUCCACCAGAGACGGGGACUCUCCAGCAGUGAGCGAAGCGUGACUUGCUGGUGAUAAACUGAACGAGUCUGAAGGCUCAGACUUUUUUAAUUUGGUCGAUGUAUUAGAGAGUCUGGUGGACUGAGGAAGACCAACAAUAGCAUUUGGCUUCCUGUAUAUAAAAAGGUUUACGGAGUUCACCGAUUGGUUGACCUGACAAAAUUGGAGGGGGGGUCUGUUGAAUUUAUAUUCCUCUCAAAGCAGCGUUUAUUAGCUCGGACUUAAACAUUGAAUAACUGAACGUGGACCCUAUUCGACGGGACGAAGAGAAUGACUGGAUGACACCCACAGAUGUUGCCAUCGACUAAGGGCCUAGGGCUGACUCGGAUUAAACCUGCUGAUUAAAUGAACACUGGGGUAGGUAGCAGUCGGUGGUGUCUCGAGUUGAUUGGCCGUUGUUCGCCAAGCCGGCACGCUCUGGCCCGUGCGCAGGGAUGUUGGGGGUGGCGGCUGCGAUGCACGCGUGGUUUGUGAAUCUCUUGCGGGCGACUCUCGUGUGUGAUUAUUUAUAGCUGCCUGGGGGCUUCGAUGGGUUUCUGCCAUGACCCUUUGACUGGGAAAGAGUGGGGAAACGAAAACUCCCGCGCACUGCGUUCGUACCCUCGCCGCACACUGGCGCGACUUGUAAAGCUGUAUAGAUCUCCAAUGUGUGUUUUUUGGGUGCCCGACGUUUCGCUCCAACCCCCGCUGGAGCUUCUUCGGCAACUGAACUCGAUUUUUCGUGUCGAGCUGAAUUCAGGGUUUGAGUUUCUCCAAGCCGUGGUUUUAAAGUUUUGUUUUCGUUCUUCGUUGAGGUUUUGUUACUUGCGUUGUGCAGCCCCCGAGGCGUGCACUGUUUCAUUCGGUUCCCCAAGGAAGUUCCCGCGGUACCCCGAGCGAAACGUCGGACAUUGCGCCGAACAGCACACGGCGCGACCCGAAAACACGCGUCGUGAGAGCUUUCAAACCAUUGGACGUGGGCGACUAACGUCAACUCAAAGAAUAUUUUUUCAUACACAAGUACAAUCGGCUGCGCCCACCGUCUUCACGUUUGGUCGAGUGGCUAAACUGAAAGUUCCACCACUGAUUUUUGCAGCCUGCACAGACUUUUGAGCCAUAGAUGCUCUGACCACUCUGAAUGCCUUCAGAACCUCGGUGCACACGAUCAAGUCUAAAGGCCAGUACACAAAGGUGAGUCUGUAUCGUUCUCUCGAAGGUGAUCAGCUAUUUUUGUACCCAUUUGAUUCGCACACAUACGAAUGAGUAAAUCUUCUAAACGGGUUGUAUUGUAAUGAUAAUAAUUAUGCUUUAAUAAAUACGUUUGAAAUCG